ACCCCCCAUCCUUUCUAUCCAGGUGUAGUCUUACCCAUCAGCGUUCAGUCACGUCUCUGUCAUCCAUCAUCAGCAAACAUGCCUCGCAACAGCAGCGCCAGCGUGUUCGGAGGAGCCGGGGGGAGGGGCGUCAAGGCGUCCGUGUCCAGCCUUGAGGGACUCCGCAAAGUCCUGCGCAACGAGGCCGAGACAGACUCCGCUCCGGUCACUCCCACCGCCGCUCCGGUCACCGCUUCCAGUCCCGCCCCCACCUCGCUCCCAGAGGACAACAAGCAGGAGCUGCAGACCCUGAACAGCCGCCUGAAGAACUACCUGGACAGGGUGCAGCAGCUGAAGGAGGACAACGGCAAGCUGAAGGAGGAGAUCGAUGACAUUCUGGCCAAGAGGAAGGCUCCUGAGAGCAGAGACUGGGAUGAAAUCCAGAAACCACAGGAUGCUCUCGACAAGAAGAUCAAGGAGCUCACCAUGGACAACGCCAAGCUGUUGCUCCAGAUUGACAACUCCAAGCUGGCCCUGGAGGACUUCAACAACAAGUUGAACCAUGAGUCCAAGAUGAAGAAGGAGUUAGAAAAAGACAUAGACACCCUGAAAAAGGACAUUGAGGAUACCAAGCAGACCCGAGAUCAGCUGCAGAAUGAGCUGAAAUUGGUCAAGGAUGAGGUGGAACGCCUUGAGGCUGACCACAAGAAGGAGGUUGCUGAGCUUUGUGAGAAGAUCAAGACCUCAGAGGUGAAGGUGGAGAUCGACUCCCAGAACUCCAACCUGGCUGACAUGAUCAAAAACAUACGGGAACAUUACCAAAAGCUGGCUGACAGAAACAUGAAGGAGACAGAGGAUUGGUACAAGGACAAGUUUGACAACAUCCAGGUGAAGGAGGCCCAGAACAACAAGGAUUUGGAGACCGAAAAGACAAAGUACAACCUUCUUCUGAAGGAGAAGAAAAGCCUGGAAAUGCAGAUUCAGGCUAGCCACACCACGAUCCAGGCUUUGAAGGACAAUCUGAACAAAGUCAUGGCAGAGAACAACAACCGACUGGUCCCCUUCAACAACGUCAUAGUCAGCCUGCAGGCUGAGCUGAAGGAUGUGAGGGCUCAGGUGGAGCAGAAGGUGGAGAGCUACAAAAAGCUGCUGUGCCUCAAAAUGAAGCUGGAGAAAGAAAUCCAAGACUACGACAAGCUGAUUCGCGUAAUAGCUGAUAAGGAGAGCAUGGAGUUAAGUUUAAAGGAGGUAUUACAACAAGAACCCCCAACUCCUAACAAUCAGGAUGACGAAGGGAUGGAUGAGGUCCUAGUGGAUGACGGCCGCGUCCCCAAUAUCUAAUCCCAAGCAUCCAACAUUCAAUUGGCGCCUGUGGAUUCCAGUAACCUCGACAAGGAACCUGAGAAACCCAGCAGCCAGAAAAAAAAUCCAAAAAGAAGCAAAAAAAAGCCCAAGAUAAAUUCAACCUCCUCUUCUUCAUCGUCCUCUUCCUCCUUUUCCUCCUCCUCAUCUCCCUCCUCUGAGUCUGACAACGAAGAAAAAAAUGACAUACCUGAAGUUCUUGUGGAAGAUUGUUGUUUUAAAAACGGUGCUCUGAUCCGUUUUGUUUCUGUCACUCAGUAAAAGAAAAAUGAUUGGUGCUGUCAAAGUUGCAUAAUACGUGUGGGGGUUCUUCAAACGUGUCUUGUGUGGUGUGAGCAAAAAUAAAGAUGUUUUCAAU